UACCCCUCUCCUUCGUGAUGCCCGUUGUGAGUACGAAGUGCUGCCAAGUGGUCACGAUGAGGGCAAAGAGAUGGGCCAUGUUCCUCCCCAGCACCAGACCAGCAUUGUCCCAUUUGCCUCUUCCCUUAUGAAUGGACUAGAUCAUUGUUUGUCAGACAUGGGAGCUUUCAUGGGGCGGUCCUUCAGGGUGGGCUGGGGCCCUGGCUGGCAAUUGGUACAUGCAGGCCCACAACUUGCUUCAACUGCUAUUGAAGAGUACAAUGAUGAUGUGGGCUCAACAGUAGCAAUGAAGACUUCAUUUUCACCUGCUUGUUUCUUGUUCCUGGGCUCUCUUGCUUCCCAGCCUAAAACUGCUCAAAAUGCAGAGUCUCCUAGAUACAAUUUGUUGAUAGAAAAGCUGCAUACAGUCCCUCCACAAUCUCGAACCAUUCAUAUGGAGAGAGUGACUACAGUGUGUCUCGAGCAAGAGUGGAAGCUGUGAGUCAGUGGUUAGGAAGCCGUGAGCUACUCAACUUCCCAAGAGG